AUGAGGCGCGAGAAUACGAACCAAACAGCCCCUGAGUUGACGGGAGGAUUUGGACCAAUUAGCGCCUGCAUUGGCGUUCGAGGGCAGGCAGACAGGCGCCGGCAGAUUAGCUGGCGACGGCGUUUGGUUCGGUUACAGUUGUUCCCGGACUGCGCGGGUGAAUACUGCUUCCCUGCCGGCGGAAGCGGGAUCGGUCUAGAAAUGGGGCCCUUGGCCCUCGCCCUGCUUUUCUGGGCAGCGCUCAGCGCCGCCCGCGCCCUCGUGUAUUUCCGGGAGCAGUUUAUGGAUGGAGUUAAAUGGCAAGACAGAUGGAUGAAUUCUCAAUAUAAAUCCGAUUAUGGGAAAUUUAGACUAACAGCUGGGAAGUUUUAUGGAGAUGCAGUCAGAGAUAAAGGUCUACAAACUAGCGAAAAUUCUAAAUUUUAUGCCAUUUCAUCACGAUUUAAACCAUUUAGCAAUAAAGGAAAAUCUCUGGUCAUUCAGUACACAGUAAAACAUGAGCAGAAGAUAGAUUGUGGUGGUGGAUAUAUUAAGAUCUUUUCCUCAAACUUGGAUCAGAAAAAUAUGAGUGGAGAUUCACAGUAUUACAUAAUGUUUGGACCAGAUAUUUGUGGAUCUGAAACCAAGAAAGUCCAUGUUAUUUUAAAUUACAAGAGUAAACCUCAUCCAAUGAAGAAACGAAUCAGAUGCAAGGUUGAUGGAUUCACUCAUUUAUAUACACUAAUUUUAAGACCAGAUCAGACUUAUGAAGUAAAAAUUGAUAAUGAAAUCAUUGAAUCAGGCAACUUAGAAGAUGAUUGGAAUUUCUUGCCACCAAGGAAAAUAAAUGAUCCUACAGCAAAGAAACCCAAGGAUUGGGAUGAUGUACCCCAAAUUGAUGAUCCAAAUGAUGUCAAGCCUGAGGAUUGGGAUGAACCUGAAUACAUUCUGGAUACUAGCGCUGAAAAACCUGAAGAUUGGGAUAAUGCAACAAACGGAGAAUGGCAACCUCCUAUGAUCAAGAAUCCACUAUACAGAGGUGAAUGGAAACCAAGGAAGAUUGAUAACCCAAAUUAUAAAGGAGUUUGGCCGUGUCCACAGAUUGAAAACCCAAACUACUCACCAGACUUCAAUAUCUAUAGCUAUGAGAACAUUAGCAUAAUUGGACUAGAUCUUUGGCAGGUGAGAGCUGGAACAAUUUUUGAUAACUUCUUGAUCACAGAUGAUGAACAAUAUGCAGAAGACUUUGGAGACGACACCUGGGGUGAAACAAAGGACCCUGAAGAGAAAAUGAACAUAAAACAGACUGAAGAAGAAAAGAAAAGGGAAAGGGCAAAAGAAGAAAAGCGUUUUAGGGAAAGGUUUAACAGGAAGGUAGAAAAGCAAAAAGAAUCUGGAAAGACUAAAUUGAACAGGAUAACUGUGAAGAAGGAGGAGCUUUAA